AUGGAGCUGGAUUCGCAGCCCGAGGCCGAGCCAGAAGAACCGGAUGAGGCACAAUUUUUGGCUGCGUCUGCUGCCCUGGAUCCUGCGACGAGUCAAAAUGCUGUUGUAGUAGUCCCAACAGACCACGAGGCUUCGGCUGCUCAGGAAGUAGAGACUCCUCUUCGGCCUGAUGAUAUUACAGAAGAAGCCUUGAUGGCAACAUCAAACAUUCGUCAAGAAGAUGCCGUGCACGAUACCUUGCAGCUCCCCGCGACUUCUGUGAAGAACACGCAGCGCAUGCUAUUCUGUGUAAAAAUGUCCCCACGCCAGAGUUGUCAUGCAGAUUUGCGAUUACAGGAACAUUUGUAAUGCGCAGAUCCAAGAGAGGCAUUUUCAAUCGUGUUUUGGUAUUUAUAAUGCUGAAACAGGAUGAGCAGAUGAUUUUGUGAUGCGGUUUCCGUUGCUACCCUUCACUACACUACGGACUGCAACUUGCCAUGCGUGGCUCCCAAAACUUCUGGAUUUGUGUUGCUAAGUUCCCAACUUGACUAAGUGGUGGGGACGCUUUUACAGAUGAUACAUGCUGGAAUCUUCCAUGCGACUCGGCUGUGCCAUCACCGACGUAUUGCUGCGCAAAGAGCAACAGGCAUCCAAGAAAAAAACUGGGUUAGUGUAACUUUCUUUGGCUGAUAGCAUCACAAAUUUGCUUUACACGACGGAGAAAACCUGUCGUGCGUGGUUUGUAAGGGAAAACACACAUGAAAAGAGGACUGCGUGGCUGUCUGGCAUGACAGGCGUAACUCUGUAUGCAUGUUCUGCAUCACAGAUUUACACUUACACAGUUUUUUUCAUGCAUAACAAGACCACGCCGGCGAUGAAACCUACAGUUUGCACCAAGCCUGGCAGGAACUGGAGGCCGCCGAAGACGGACCCGUCUGCGAAACGGAGGUGUUGGGGCUUGUUUCCACUGGUCCUUGCGACCACGCCGGCUUCCACAUUGAAGGGCUGGACAACGAUGGAGAGGAAAAUGCCGCGACCACUCCAGGAGCAAGAGGAUCGAAAGUUGUUUCGCAGCAAACCACGACACCGAAAACGAAAGGCAGAGCGAGCCCUGGUGGAGCUGCCGGGGGUAAAAAGACCAAAAAAGAGAAGCGGAAAAUGAAGAAGGAAAGUUUACUCCAGGCCGGUGCAGCAGCAGACGAUGA